AUGAAGUUCCUCAAGCCCGGCAAGGUGGUGAUCGUGACCUCCGGCCGCUACGCCGGCAAGAAGGCGGUGAUUGUGCAGAACACCGACUCCAAGAGCAAGGAGCGCCCGUACGGCCACUCCCUGAUCGCCGGCAUGAAGAAGUACCCGAAGAAGGUGGUGCGCGGGAUGAGCAAGCGCACCAUCGAGCGCCGCUCUCGCGUGGGCGUGUUCCUGCGUGUUGUGAACCACAAACACUUCCUGCCGACGCGGUACAACAUGGACCUGUCGAAGGAGCUCCGCGGGCGCAUCAACGUGUCGGACGCGGCCAAGAAGUCCAAGUCGAAGCAGCUGGUGAGGAAGCUGUUCCAGGCCCGCUACAACGCCGGCGGCAACCGCUGGUUCUUCCAGCGUCUGCGCUUCUAA